AUGGAGGUUCUUAGUCCUAUACGUGUGCGUACUUUCAUAGCAACAAGGGAAGAAGAGGUAGCGAGUCUUAUAAGAACCAUUUCUUCCCAGCAAGGAUCGGCCAUUAACCUCAGUCAGAUAUUGUUUUCUUUCACAUAUAGCAUAAUUUCAAGGAUAAGCGUUGGAAGGAAUAGCAAAAACCAAAAAGAAUUCGCAACCAUAGUCAAAGAUUUCUCAACAAUUUCCAAAGAAUUGUCCCUAGCAGCAGGAGGUGCCAAUGUGGUUGAUCUGUACCCAUCCCAAAAACUCCUUCACAUGUUUAGUUGGAGGAAGUUUAGCCUCGGGAGGGAGCAUAAAAAAGCAAAUAAAAUUGUUGAAAGGCUGAUGAAGGAGCGCAAAGCCAGCAAGAGAGACAAAGAGAUUGCUGAAAAUGUAGUGGAGGAUCUUCUUGAUGUUCUCUUAAAUCUCCAACUCACUGUAGGCUUGGACCCCACCUUAACUGAUGAAUGCGUCAAAGCACUCCUCCUGGACAUGUUCGCUGGUGGAGGUGAUACAACGUUAACAGUUCUAGAAUGGGCAAUGUCAGAACUCAUGAAAAAUCCAAGAGUCAGGGAAAAAGCACAAAAAGAAGUGAGAGCACUUUUCAAUGAUGUCGGGUACAUUGAUGAAUCAAGCGUUCAUGAAUUACAGUUCUUGAACUUAACUCUCAAAGAAACUCUAAGAUUACAUCCACCCUUGUGCAUAUAUCCAAGAGAAUGUAAGGUGAACUGCAAGGUUGCUGGAUAUGACUUGGAAGCUAAAACUAGAGUUCUCAUCAAUGCCUGGAUGAUAGGGAGGGAUCCCAAGUUCUGGACUGAACCUGAGAAAUUCUACCCAGAGAGAUUCUUAGAUUGUUCAACUGAUUACAAAGGUGCUAGUUUCGAGUUUCUCCCAUUUGGUUCUGGAAAAAGGAUUUGCCCAGGAAUGGCGUUUGGUAUUGCUACUGUUGAGUUGCCGCUGGCAAGAUUGUUGUUACAUUUUGACUGGAAAAUUCCUAAUGGAAUCAAGCCUGAAGAUUUUGACAUGAGCGAGAUUGUUAGUGCGUCAGUCACAAGAAAAAACGAUAUUGUAUUAAUUCCAGUUACAUGCUAUGAUCCUCCCGUCAAGGGUUAA